AUGGCUGCACCAAGUGAACCGGUAUCUGCUACAAGAUUGUACCUUGGCAAUCUCCCCAAAAACAUCACCAAGCAAGAGAUCGAAGAACACUUUGCCAGCCAUGGCACUGGACAAAUCAAGGAAGUCAAGUUGAUGAACGGCUUUGGAUUCCUUGAGUAUGCAGACCAUCUUGAUGCACGCGAUGUGGUUCCUGCUUUCCAUGGAUCCGAACUCAAGGGAGAACGACUGACUGUCCAAUUCGCUCGAGGACCAAGAAAGAGAGACGAUUAUGGACCCCAGGAACGUCAAGCCCCUCGUCCUAGGAGAACAAUUUACCGCAUGCAGAUUACUGGUCUAGCACCUGAUACUAGCUGGCAGGAUCUCAAGGACUUUGCCAGGAGCACUGGUCAGUUGGAUGUCGUCUACUCAGAGACAGGGCGAAAUGACUCGAAGGGAUUUGUCGAGUUCGAGACUGGUGCCGAUCUGAAAACUGCUGUCGAGAAGCUCGAUGGCCGCGAAUUCAAGGGUUCUGUGGUACAAUGCACAGCCGAUAUUCAAGACGAACGAGACCUGCGCAACUAUCGCCAGCGAUCCCCACUCGGCAGAGGUCGAUUCGGCCCACCAGCAGACGACUAUUACGAUAGACGUGGUGCACCACCUCCUCGUGGUUACACUCCUCCACGAUAUCGUGAGCGAUCUCCUGGCCGACGACCACCGUAUGAUGAUUACUAUGACCGAGGCUAUGCAAGAAGGACUCCCCCAAGAGAUUAUGCUCCUCCCCCACCGAGAAGAUAUGAAGAGCCAUAUGACAGUAGGGCUGCUCCACCGCCUGCUCGUGGUUAUGACCCUUACGCUCGUGGAGAUCCCUAUGCCAGACCAAGAAGCCCUCCACCGCCACGUGGCUAUGGCAGUUAUGGUGGAGGUGCCGCACCUGCUGGUGGCUAUCGUGCUUAUGAUGACAGACCAUAUUAG